UUAAACAAGAAGAAGGACAGAAAAUCGAGAGAGAAGCAAACGUUACACAUUGCCGAGCAGCGAACUACAAGACACAAGACAGAGAAGAUGGCGUUACAUCACGGAGUCCUCUCUCUGGUUCUGCUGGCCGUUGUCCUUGUGGUCAGAGUGGAGUCCGGCAAGAACUGGGCUCUGGUAGUGGCCGGAGCCAAGGAUUACCAGAACUACUUCUCUCAGGCCUGCUCGUGCCACGCCUACGACACAUUGCGCAACAACAGCAUCCCCAAGGAAAAUAUCGUAUACAUGUCUUACGAUGACGUGGCCAACGACCCUGAGAACCCCGUCAAAGGAAACAUCGUCAACGUUGCUGGAGGGCCGAACCUUUACCCCCGAUGUAAACCAGACUACCGGAGGAAAGAAGUGACACCAGAAGUCUUCCUCAAAGUUCUCACUGGAGACAAGGAGGGCGUAAAGGAGCUGAUUGGUCGAGACGGUAAGGUGAUUGCCAGCGGUCCUGACGAUCACGUGUUCGUCUAUAUGAUUGAUCACGGAGGUCCAGGGGUCUUCUACUUCCCAGGUUUUGUUGAGCUGCACAACAAAGACCUCAACAACGCCCUCAAGCAGAUGCACAGAGAGAAAAAGUAUAAGGAGAUGGUGCUUUACGUGGAAGCCUGCGAAUCGGGCAGUAUGUUCGAGGGCAUACUUCCAGAAGACAUCAAUAUAUACGCUAUCUCAAGCACUAAUUCGCACGAGUCGGGAAUUAUGUGCUGUUGGGAUAAAUUACGUAAAGUCUACGUAGGUUCUUAUUUCGGCAACGCCUGGACAUAUAACACAGACACGGCAAAUCUCCUCAAGGAAACACUCUACCAGCAGUACGAAGUGGUGAAAAAAGCUUGCAACGUCUCUGGAUCAGUGAGUCACCCCCAGCAGUACGGAAACUUGAGCAUGAACAGCGAAGUCCUCGCUCAGUACCUGUCGAAAGCGGAGGGAUACCAAUCCGGUGUCUGUCUCAAUACUCUAGAAGUAGAUAAUACUCUGAGGUCAGAGUUCUCAUUCGCCGGCAUUGACCUCAAUAACCCCGCUACUGACAUGGUUCCGAUCGCCACUGCGGCUCGUCGCCUCAUUGAGUCACGUGACCUCAGUGAUGAGAAGCAGGAAGAGCUCAAGGCCGAAUUGCGUCACUUGAUGCUGGUCAAAGAAAAAGCCGAGUCAUUGACCAAAGACCUGGUGAAGGCAGCCUUGUCCAGCCCCAGAGGCCUGGCGGAGACCGACAUACUGACCGGUAAAGAGCAAGUAUUUAACUCUGAGUGUUACAUGGCCGCCCGGAGCCUCUUUUCUGCCCGAUGUCCGGGCAUCAACAUGGGGAAGUACCCAUUCGCCAGGAGAAAUCUGCAUGCCUUUAUCAACCUCUGCAAUCACCAGCCCCAGACUGAUGUCAUGAAUGCCAUCAUGCAGGUCACGGGGAAAUACGGAAUAUGCCAAGUUCUGUAGCUGCGUGGGAUCGAGUCGUCCCCAGUUCCCGACUGUCUCCCGUUCCGCCGAUUUCUACCUUUUUAUCCGGUGUCUAAUUGUUAUUGUUUUGGUUUUGGUUCUUUGUUGUUGUUCAUUCAUGUUUUUUUUCUGUAUUAAAACAAGUUUUUAACUUACAAAA